AUGCGUCUCCCGAGCUUGUCCUCGCUACUGUGCCUGGCCGGCUUGGCCUCCGUCCCCGUCAAUGCGUAUGCAGGCGACGACCCCAAUAUCAAAAGCAUCCCGCUCCGAACCCACAGUCUUUCCCCGCCAUACCUUGAUUCGGAUUUCCAAAGCCGCUGGUUCGACUUCGGAGGAGAUACGGUGAUCCGCGCGGAUAAAUAUAUUCGUCUGACCGCCGACCGGCCGUCGCAGCAAGGAUGGAUCUUCUCGCGCGUGCCUCUGACCGCAACCAAUUGGGAGCUCGAACUUGAAUUUGAGGUCCACGGUAGCGGCAACCUGCACGGCGAUGGCUUCGCUCUAUGGCUCACCAAGCAGCGCGCCACUCAAGGCCCUGUCUUUGGCUCGACCGACCGCUUCGAAGGCCUGGGCAUCUUCAUCGAUACCUACAAGAACAACCGUCCCGGCGUGUCCUUCCCUUACGUCAUGGCCAUGAUGGGCGACGGCUCGACCACCUACGACCAGGCGCACGACGGCAAGGCCAACGAGCUGGCUGGAUGUUCGGCACGCGGCCUCCGCGGCGCCCCCGUACCCACCAAGCUCCGCCUCACCUACUUCCAGGACAAGUCCUUGACUCUGGACCUGCAGUACAAGACCGAGGACUCCUGGACCAACUGCUUCACGCUCAACGCCGAAGACACCAACAUUGCCAUUCCCUCCGUCGCCUACUUGGGUCUCUCCGCCGAGACCGGCGAGCUGAGCGACAACCACGACAUCGUCUCCCUCAAGGCGGAGAACCUGUAUGCGCUGAACCGCAACGCCGGCAGCAAGGGUUCCGAUGGCGCCAAGGGGGGUCGCAGCCGUGGAGGCAGCAGCAGCCGCUCUGGACAGACCGAGUCCAGUAGCUGGUCGUGGUUCUUCUUCAAGAUUGUGUUGUUCUUCGGUGCUUGUGUGGGUGGGUACUUUGGUUGGACGAUUUACCGGACGAAGGGGCGGUCCUCGCGGUUCUGA